UAGUCGCUGUGCCGGCAGAGUGGAGGUUCUUCAUGAAGGACAGUGGGGAACAGUGUGUAGUGAUGGCUGGGAUAUGAGAGAUGCUGCAGUGGUGUGUAGAGAGCUGGGUUGUGGGGAGGCUGAAGCUGCAGUACAUAAUGCUCACUUUGGACCAGGAUCAGGACCAGUACUGAAGGGGUAUGCAAACUGUGGGGGAUCAGAGUCUACACUGAAUGAAUGUUUCAUUGGUCAUAAUAAUUACUACUGUGGGUCUCAUGCUGGAGAUGCUGGAGUCAUCUGUUCAGGUAGGAAAUCCAGACUUACUGACGGUCCUCACCUGUGCUCUGGGAGAGUGGAGUUACUUCAUAAUGGGACCUGGACCACAGUGUGUGAUGCUAACUUUGACCAGCAGGAUGCAGAGGUUGUGUGUAGAGAACUGGACUGUGGGCUUCCUGGGGAGGUGCUGGGAGCAGCUGCUUUUGGCAGAGGGGAGGGCCCGGUGUGGACAGAGGAGCUUCAGUGCAGAGGCAACGAAUCUGAUAUUUACUCCUGUCCAAUAACGUCUUCACCCAAACUUUGUUCCCAUGAUAAUGACGUGGGACUAAUAUGUUCAGGUUACACAGCGGCACAUCUGGUUAAUGGCUGGGACUCCUGUUCUGGUCGAGUGGAGCUCCAGUACCUCAGUGACUGGGGCUCAGUUUGUGGUGAUGGUUGGGAUAUGAGAGCUGCCAGUGUCCUCUGUGGACAGCUGAAGUGUGGGAGUGCUGUGGCUGUGUUGGGGGCAGACUGGUUUGGGGAGGGGAGUGACCACAUCUGGGCUGAUGUGUUUCACUGUCAUGGGAACGAGACACACCUGUCAGAAUGUCCCAUCUCAUCAUGGAGUCGAACAGCAUGUUCUCAUAAACAGGAUGCUGGAGUCAUCUGCAAUGGUUCCUCUCAGGCCUUUCAUGAGGGGCGAGUGCGGUUGUCUGGAGGGAGGGAGUGUGAGGGGCAGGUUGAGGUUUACUUCAUCCAGGACUGGAGGAGAGUUCUCCUGGACUCCCGGAGUGUGUCUGAGGCCUCAGUGAUCUGCAGACAGCUGGGUUGUGGUUCUGUGUUGAACUUCUCCAGCUCCUCUCCAUCCAGCCCUGAACAACACAGCCACAUGUGUAUGAUGGGUUUCAAUUGUUCUGGGAGUGAAGCUCAUCUGGGGAACUGCAGCAGUGCAAACCUCCUCAACCUGUCCUGCAGCUCCAGGGAACAGCUGUCAAUCACCUGCUCUGGUGUGUUUAACUCAGGCCACAGCUCCAUCAGACUGGUUGGUUCUGGUGGAGAUUGUGCAGGAAGACUGGAGGUUUUCCUCAACGGCUCAUGGGGAACUGUGUGUGAUGACUCAUGGGAUAUUGAGGAUGCCCAGGUGGUGUGCAGGCAGCUGCAGUGUGGAGUGGCCCUCAGUACCCACGUACCAGCCUGGUUUGGUCCUGGAACUGGACCCAUAUGGCUGAAUGAGGUGCAGUGUGACGGGAGCGAGACGUCCAUGUGGGACUGUAGGUAUCAGCUCUGUGGAGAAGAUGAGUGUGGACAUCAAGAGGAUGUAGGAGUGGUGUGUUCAGAAUUCAAAGAAAUGAGACUCAGUGAGGGGUGUGAAGGGAAUCUGGAAUUUUUCUAUAAUGGAACCUGGGGGAAUGUGUGUGUGAAUGGGAUGAAUGAAAAAACAGUAAGUUUGGUCUGUCGAGAGCUGAACUGUGGAAGAACAGGCAGUGAGUCCCCAUCCAGAGCAAGAGUUGAAUCAUCUCCUAACUGGCUGGAUCAGGUGAAAUGUAGGAAGCAUGACUCCACUCUGUGGCACUGCCCAUCUGAACCCUGGGGACAGAAUGAUUGUGAUAAUCACAUUGAGGUGGCUCACAUUACUUGUUCUGGAGAGAGAAAUUAUCAUGUGCAGCAAAGUCAUGUGAAAUGCUCCUCCUCUUCCUCCCAGAGCCAGUGCUCCAAUCACCUGCCUCUCAGGCUGAGGGGAGCAGAGGGAAGCUGCUCUGGGAGGCUGGAGAUUUAUCAUAACGCUGCGUGGGGCUCCAUCUGUGAUGAUCAGUGGGACAUCAGUGAUGCUGAGGUGGUCUGCAGACAGCUGGGCUGUGGGAAGGCACUGAGGGCUGAUGGCAGUGCUGCCUUUGGUGCUGGUGAAGGGGUGAUCUGGCUGAAUAGAGUGAAGUGUAGAGGGGAUGAAAUUCACCUGUGGGACUGCAGUUAUUCACUGAAGAACCACACUGACUGCUCCCACAAAGAGGAUGCUGGAGUCACCUGUGCAGAGCAACCUUUGCCCCCCACUGCUAGCUCCAGAACAACCACCAGAAACCCCAGCACCACAGUUGGUCAGAGGACAACAGCCAGUUGCCCACAAACUCCACCAGCAGCUGCUCUGUCCCUCCUUUCGGUGGUUCUCCUGGGAGUGCUGCUCUUCCUGGUCUUAGUGCUUCUCUCUGGGCUGGUUUACCAGAACAGAGUGCUCAGUAGAGUGCUCUUUAGUCGUUACACCCCCAGGUUCAACGUUCUAUCUAAUGCAGUCUAUGAGGAGAUCAACCACAGACUCAUCAUUAAAAGAACCAAUAACUCUGCUCAAAGGGGAAGUGUCCUUUCUGAAGCCCAGCAUUCAGGAUAUGAGGAUGUGGAUCAGGAGCUUCUCUCAGAGUCUCUGCAUGGCCCUGGUGUAGAGGACGUAGCUGAGAAUUAUGAUGAUGUCAUUACUGCUGAUCAGGACUCUGCUGUUGUGACAGAGGAGAUGACAGAGAACUAUGAUGAUGUUAUUAGCACUGGACUAAACCUCAACAUUAUAGCAGUGGACACACCAGAGAACAGUGAUGACGUCAUCAAUGCUGGACAGGAUGUAAGAGGUGUAAAUGGUGUGUUUAAUUCAGGCCACAGCUCCAUCAGACUGGUUGGUUCUGGGGGAGAUUGUGCAGGAAGGCUGGAGGUUUUCCUCAGUGGCUCUUGGGGGACAGUGUGUGAUGACUCAUGGGACAUUGAGGAUGCCCAGGUGGUGUGCAGGCAGCUGCAGUGUGGAGUGGCCCUCAGUGCCCACAUACCAGCCUGGUUUGGUCCUGGAACUGGGCCCAUAUGGCUGAAUGAGGUGCAGUGUGAGGGGAACGAGAUUUCCAUGUGGAACUGUAGGUAUCAACUCUGUGGACAAGAUGAGUGUGGACAUUAA